UUCAAAACAGUUUAUAAACGUAACCUGGAAUUAAUUUCUUUCUGUGUUAAUGUUUGUUGUGCACGAUCAUGGAUUUGAAGCUGGUGAAGAGGGAUCUGCUGAAAGGGAUUAGAGAGUGCAGCGAACGUGGUCUGCAUUUCAGUGUGAAAUGGUUGGCCGAGUUGAACUACGCAAUAAAACAUGUGAAACUCGAUGCGGCCGAUUACGCCGUGGAUUCCGGCCUCCUGGAUGAUGAUCUGGAUAAUUACACUUUGGCCAAGAGUUACUUUGAUAUUAAGGAGUACGAUAGAUCUGCAUACUUUGUGAGGGAUUGCAGCCAGCCGAAAUGUAGAUUUAUUUAUUUCUAUGCGAGCUACCUGAGCAUAGAGAAGAAGAAGCUGGAUAGCAUGACCGAUAAGAAUUGUCCGCCGGAUCAGAGAAAGAAUCAGGCUUUGAAGGAUUUGUGCGCUCUGAUUAAGCAGGACUACUACGAGAGGAAACUGGACGGGUAUUGCUUGUAUUUGUAUGGGGUUAUACUGAAGAAGUUAGAUCUCACCUCGUUGGCAAUUGAUGUCUUUGUCGAGUCUAUAGCUGUAGCCCCAUUGCUCUGGAGCUCCUGGCUGGAACUGGCACUGCUUAUCCCAAGCAAAAACAAAUUGAAUUCCUUGAUACUGCCAGAUCACUGGAUCAAGCAGUUUUUCCUAGCUUACGUUUACUUGGAGCAGCUGAACAAUGACGAGGCUUUGGAUAUUUGCACCAGGUUGCAAGUUGAAGGUUUCGAGAACAGCACCUUCAUUAAAGCACAGACUGCUAUUGUAUAUCAUAACAAAAGAGAUUUGAACAAGGCUAUUGAAACUUACCAAGAUUUGCUGGCGGAGGAUCCCUACAGAUUGGACAAUAUGGAUACGUACUCGAACGUGCUGUACGUGAACGAGAUGAAGAGCGAAUUGGCGGAUUUAGCGCAAUCCGCUGUAUCCAUAGACAAGUACAGGGUGGAAACGUGUUGCGUGAUAGGUAAUUAUUACAGCUUGAGGUCGGAUCAUGGGAAGGCCGUGCUGUACUUCCAGCGGGCGCUGAAGCUGAACCCUCAUUACCUUUCGGCGUGGACGCUCAUCGGGCACGAGUUCAUGGAGAUGAAGAACACGAACGCCGCGAUACACAGCUACAGGAGGGCAAUUGAGAUAAAUAGACGGGAUUACAGGGCUUGGUACGGCUUGGGGCAAACGUACGAAAUCCUGAAGAUGCCUUGCUACAGCUUGCAUUAUUAUAAGCAGUCGCAGCAGCUGAGACCCAACGACAGUCGCAUGCUGAUCGCUCUUGGAGAGACGUACGAACGGCUGGAGAAGAUCGAGAAUGCACUGAAAUGUUACUUCAAGGCUUGCCACGUCGGUGACAUCGAAGGUAUAGCUAUAGUGAAGCUGGCGAAACUGUACGACCGUUUGAGUCUGGUGGAUAACGCUGCCGCCGCCUACACGGAAUACUGCCUCAAAGAGAACGAAACUAAAGGUUCGGGUUACGACGAUCACAUGGAGUUCUACAGCGCCUUCCAAUACCUCGCCAAUUACCAUCUGAAGAAGGGUCAGCUGGAUGACGCAUACACCUACGCUUACAAAUGCUUGGAAAACGAAGAAACUAAGGAGCAAGCGAAGGCGUUGUUGAAGAGCAUAGCGGCGAGAAGAGGAGAGCCAGAAGUGGAGACUGUUCCCAUGGAUGAGACCGGAAACACUUCCGUCAAAAACGAUACGAACAUGAGUACAAUGGACAUGAUAUUAUCACCUCCAUAUUAGUUUUUUUGUCAGUUUACGGGUGAUAAUAAUUUUAGCCGAUUUCUCCGGCAUAAAUACAUGUAGCAAUAGGAAACAAUCAAAUUUUCUUUACCUUUGAAAUUCAAUUUGUAUCGUUUAAACUUUCUAAA